AUGGCUUCAACUCAUCAUUCCCUCUCCGAAGUUCAUAACGCUAUCAACAUCCUCAUUGACAACCUCAUCAAUAUCAAAGAUGAAACAGGCAAAUUCCUGCUCCUCCUCGAAGAUGGUCGUAUUAUCGAUACUAAAUCCUGGAAUGGAUGGGAAUGGACACACGGCGUGGGUUUAUACGGUGUAUGGAAAUACUACGAACUCACCGGUGAAGCCAAAUUCUUCCAGAUAAUUGAAGACUGGUUUACCGAACGCUUCAAGGAAGGCACAACGAAGAAUAUCAAUACCAUGGCUCCCUUCCUCACACUCGCAUACGUAUAUGAAAAGACGAGCAAUAUAGCCUACCUCCCCUGGCUAAAUGCAUGGGCGGAAUGGGCAAUGCACGACCUCCCCCGUACAAAGUAUGGCGGCAUGCAGCAUGUAACUUAUGUUACGGAAAACUAUCAGCAGUUGUGGGAUGAUACCCUGAUGAUGACGGUGUUGCCAUUAGCCAAGAUUGGAAGACUCCUUGGCCGCCCAGAGUAUGUCGUCGAAGCCAAGCGACAGUUUCUCAUUCACAUCCAAUACUUAUUCGAUGUUAAGACCGGACUUUUUUUCCAUGGGUGGACAUUUGAGGAUGGAGGCCAUCACUUUGCCGGUGCGCGGUGGGCGCGCGGGAAUAGCUGGGUGACAAUUGUUAUUCCGGAGUUCAUCGAAUUGCUAGAGCUAGAGCCAGAUGAUCCGAUUCGGGUGCACCUGAUUAAUGCACUUGAAGCCCAGUGUGAAGCACUGCAGGGUGUGCAGUCAGACUCCGGCCGCUGGCAUACUGUACUAGAUCACGAUGAUUCGUAUGUCGAAGCCAGUGCUACCGCCGGCUUCGCUUAUGGUAUUUUGAAGGCUGUACGUAAGCGCUAUAUCGGACCGCAGUAUCGGGAGGUGGCUGAGAAGGCUAUCUCGUCCGUGCUGGAGGAUAUUGAUGAGUGGGGCGAGCUGCAGAAUGUGAGUUUCGGUACGCCGAUGGGUGAGACUGUCCAGUUUUACAAGGAUAUUCCUUUGACGUCAAUGCCAUAUGGGCAGGCAAUGGCCAUUAUGGCGCUUGGGGAGUAUCUACGCACUUAUAUAUAG